UACAAAUAAUUUAUUAAAUAAACGAAAAUAACCAUGCCAUCUCCCCUCUUCUUCGGCUUUCCUGAGCAUUCGAACCUGGAAACCCCGAUUUAGGGUUUUCUAGGGUUUCAGCGACAAACUAGGAUGGCCUGUUGAUGGAAUUAUUCUGCAAUUCGUCCAGCAAUUGGAAGGACCAAAGCGCUCCUUUCUUUCAUUACUUGUUCUUUUAGAUUGUAUUAGAACUAAGCACAGAAAAAAAGACAACCGCGUAGUUAGGGCCUUCACGUGCAAUGGAUGCGCCUGAACCCAGUCGGAGUUACAUGAAACGAGAUAUUGAGGAUAACUCAGAUAUGAAGGGUGAAAGGAUUGUAGACGAGGAAGACUGGGAAGGCAGUGACAAGAGGAAGCACCGUUCUAGCAAGUCGAGAAAGCAUUGCAACGCAGAAGAAACUGAAGAAUGGGAUAGCAGUGGCAAACGGAAGAGUUUAGGGGACAGAAAUGAAAGUCGAAAGAGGUCAGGUGGCUCAAACAGGACGGGUAGUGAGGAUGAAGAUGAAUAUGAUAUAAGAAAAAAGCAGAUGAAGAAAAACCAAGAGGACAGAACUGAAAAGAAUUCAAGUAAUGGGUAUCAAGAUAGAGAAUCAGAAAGCAGUCGAAAGGGGAGAGAUGCUUCAGGGAGCAAAGGGCAUGGCCCAAUUGAGGAAGGCGAGAGGAUCUCGUCAAGGAAAACAAGUUCAAAACCUUCGGCUCAUGAAAGUUCUCAGAGCAAAAGCAGAAGCAAGCUGGAAAAUUCUCAUGAUGGUGAGCUUGAAAAGAUGCAGGAUAGAGAUUCCAGGUAUUCUGAAAGAAAUGAGAGCAGCAGGGAGAAAGGUCGUGGAUCUCGUGAGCAGGAGAGAAACCCAAGGAGAAGAUGGGAUGAUUCUGAGUCAGUUAGGAAAGCAGAAGAAAGUAACUAUGCAGAUAAAUCUGAAUCAAGGAGUGGGAAGACUUCUGAACUUAAGGGUAGAGAGAGAAAUACAGAUGCAAGAGAUGAACCUAUUGACAGCAAAAGCAGGAUUGUAGAUUCAAACAGUGAUAAGGGCAACAAAGCUGGGAACAGGGAAGAGAAAAAGCUUGAUGGGGAUAGGAGCAAGGGGAGAGGCAGGUCUGAGGUUCAGGAAGACGAUAGUAGGCAAAAUUCUAUUGCUCGUGAAGAGAGAUCCAGUGGGCCUAGAGAUGAUAAGCAGAGGAGGAUUGGAGAUAAAUUAGGUGCAUUUGUGGAGGAUGAGUCUAGUGUUCAUAGGCCAAGCGCAAGGGUUCAUGGGGAUAAGAUUGAGAAGCAUAGACAGCAGCGGGACUCUGCACAUAGUAGCCGUGACUUGGCUGAAAGCCGUGAGAGGUCUGUCAACACAGAUGAAGACGGCCAUGCACGGGCAAGGGACAGAGAUGGGAGGGAUGUGAGGUACUCCAAAAGGUCCCGAAGUCCUGAGAAGAAUAGCAGGCGCCACCAGGAAUCAAAUGAUUCUGGUUCAGAUAGUGAAAGAAGAAUCAACUUGAAGGGAAAGGAAAGAGAAAAGGAGGGUUACAGGGAUGAAAGAUCAAAAGCAAGAGAUAGUAGCUGGAGUGACAGAAACAGGGAUUGGGAAGGUUCAAGGGAUAUUUGGAAGAAAAGGCAUCAUGGCAUCACAGAUAAAGAGACAAAAGAUGGGGAUGGUGAUUUUGAUCAUGAUAAGGAGUGGGACUUGCAGAGGCAUGAGCGUGAGCGUGAGAGGGCCGAUAAUGAAAAGUUUCACAACCGGGGUGGGUUCAGGAAAGACAGGAGGACUGAAGGUGCAAAAACUUCAUCAAGCUUUGGUACUGCAAAUGAGAAUUCUGAUACAAUAGAGAUCCAAACCAAGCCUCUUGAUUAUGGAAGAGAAGAGUCUGGAUCUACAUUUAUUGGGAGAAGGACCGAUGGGAGUCAGCAACCUGAUUUUACUUCAGCCACAAGUGAUGAGGAUUGGGGUUAUCUGCCUGAAGACAGAGCAAGAAUGUCUGAAAUAUAUGUCCAUGGAGAUGAUCUGCAGGAAAGAUAUCUAGAUGAUGGUUCCCCUAUGCUGGAUCAGAAUGGUAGGAAUAACAUUGACAUGCAUGGUGGGAAAGGAAGAGGACAAAAGGGUGCUAUGAGUUCCAAUCGCACUGGGGGAGGUCAGAGUUUUAGUGGUGGUUCACAACCUCCAUUUGGAAAUAAUCAGGGAUUGAGUUCCUUCAAUAGAGCUGUUCCACAGGGAGCAAAGGGGAAUAGGCUUGGGAGAGGAGGAAGGGGAAGACCUACAGGGAGGGAAGCCCAACGGGUUGCAAUCCCACCACUGCCUAUGUUAGGGCCACCCUUUGCCCCUCUUGGUCUACCACCAGGACCUAUGCAGCCACUUGGACCAAACAUGUCUCCUGCUCCAGGUCCACCCAUUACACCAAAUGUCUUUAUUCCACCCUUUCCAGCCCCCAUUGUUUGGCCAGGGGCUAGAGGUGUUGAUAUUAAUAUGUUAGCUGUCCCUCCUGGCCUUUCUCCUGUUCCUCAUGGACCAUCGGGACCUAGAUUUGCCCCUGGAAUGGGGACUGGUCCAAACCCUGCUAUGUAUUUCAAUCAACCAGGCCCUGGAAGAGGAGUGUCCCCAAACAUACCCAGCCCAGGUUUUAAUGCUAUUGGUGGAAUUGGACGAGGAGCCCCUCAUGAUAAAGGUCCUGGGGCCUGGGUUCCUCCUAGAAUUAAUGGACCAGCUGGUAAAGCUCCUUCCAGAGGAGAGCAAAAUGAUUACUCCCAAAAUUUUGUCGACACUGGUAUGCGACCCCAAAAUUUUAUUAGGGAGCUGGAGCUUACCAGUGUUGUAGAGGACUACCCCAAACUGCGAGAACUUAUUCAGAAGAAGGAUGAGAUUGUGGCUAAAUCUGCUUCCCCUCCCAUGUAUUAUAAGUGUGACCUGCGUGAGAAUGUCUUAUCUCCAGAGUUUUUUGGAACCAAGUUUGAUGUCAUCCUUGUGGACCCACCUUGGGAGGAAUAUGUUCAUCGUGCACCUGGUGUUGCUGACCAUAUGGAGUACUGGACAUUUGAGGAAAUUCUAAACCUUAAAAUUGAGGCAAUCGCAGACACACCUUCAUUUAUCUUCCUUUGGGUUGGUGAUGGUGUGGGUCUUGAGCAGGGACGGCAGUGUCUAAAGAAGUGGGGAUUCCGUAGAUGUGAGGAUAUAUGCUGGGUGAAGACGAACAAAACUAAUGCAACUCCAGGCUUGCGGCAUGAUUCUCAUACUUUGUUUCAACACUCAAAGGAGCAUUGCUUGAUGGGCAUAAAAGGAACUGUUCGGCGAAGCACUGAUGGUCAUAUCAUCCAUGCAAACAUUGACACAGAUAUAAUUAUUGCUGAAGAACCUCCUUAUGGUUCAACAACAAAACCUGAAGAUCUGUACCGGAUAAUUGAGCAUUUUGCUCUUGGACGCAGGAGGAUUGAACUCUUUGGUGAAGAUCAUAAUAUUCGAUCAGGUUGGCUGACUGUAGGAAAAGGAUUAUCUUCCUCAAACUUCAAUGCAGAGGCAUAUGUUAGGAAUUUUGCCGACAAAGAUGGAAAAGUUUGGCAGGGAGGAGGAGGACGGAAUCCACCACCAGACGCUCCUCAUCUUGUAAUGACUACGCCUGAGAUAGAGAGCCUUCGACCCAAGUCACCACCACAGAAGAGCCAGCAGCCGCCACAGUCAACAUCCCUUUCUCAGACGGUGACGAAUUCCACAAACAAAAGGUCAUCUAUAAGCUCCCCACAAAAUCCAAAUGUGCUGAGCCUGAAUCAAGAAGCUUCAAGCUCCAACCCUUCAACGCCUGCUCCCUGGGCUUCACCAAUGGGGGGCAUUAAAGGACCAGAUUCUGGGAAUACAACUUCAGAUGACAAGUUUUUUGAUAGUUACGGUUACAAUCCAUCUUGCGGACAAGCAAGCGGAGGCCAUAAUGAUUUCGACUCCCAUCGAUCUCUCAAUUUAUUGUAACUAAAUUCAAGCACUAAGAUGUGUUGUCCUCGUCCUGUAAUUCUUUUAUCAUAAUAUAUAAUGGAAGGGAAAAUGUUUUGAUGUCUUA